CUUUACCUUAUCGUUGCCGCCGCCCAUCUGGGUUUUAGUUAGAAAAUUUUGUUAGAGAACAUAACCAUGGGCUUUCUGAGCUCCAUAAGUAAAGCCGUUCUUUACUUUGGCUUAUUCUUAGGAGCCAUUUUCCUGCUUCCCGGAUUACCGCCCAACACCACAUUUCCCUUUAAAGAAUAUGAAAUUACUCCACCAAGGGAACUAAAGGGAACACUAGAAACUAAUGCUCACCUGGAUGGCGCUAGACACCUGUGGCAGGAUCGAGUCUUUGGACCAGAGUGCCUCAUAGCUCGAGAUGAUGGCAUCUACACGGGCAUUCAUGGCGGAGAAGUCAUCAGGCUGAACAAAAAGGAUUCCGUUGAGACUGUCACUAAGAUAGGACAACCUUGUGAUUACAUUUUCCAAGAUACAGUGUGUGGCUACCCCGUGGGUUUGGCCUUUGACCCCCAGGGAAACAAUAUGGUUAUUGCCGAUGCCUACUAUGGAUUGUGGCAGGUGAACUUGGAUACGAAACAGAAGACCAUGUUGGUGUCUCCCGAGCAAGUACUUCCCGGCAAGAAAGUUAAUCGGCCGGCAAAGCUGUUUAAUUCAGUGGCAAUCAGCCGGGAGGGUGACAUUUACUGGACCGAUUCCCUAACCGAUGACUUUAUGUUGGCUCCGUUCGCAAAUCCUUCGGGUCGUUUAUUCCGGUACAAUCGCAAGACGAACACCAACGAGAUACUUCUGGAUGAAUUGGCCUUUGCCAACGGUAUAGCUUUAAGUCCCCAGGAGGAUUUCAUUAUCGUUUCGGAAACGACUGCAAUGCGCCUGACUAAAUAUCAUCUCAAGGGACCACGGACUGGUCAGAGCGAAGUCUUUGUGGACGGCCUGCCAGGCUUACCCGAUAAUCUUACGCCUGAUGCCGAGGGAAUAUGGGUGCCUCUGGGCAUUGCCGCAGAUAUCGAAAACCCCAAUAUGUUUGCCAUUUUAUCUCCUCAUCCAAGGCUUCGGUUUUUCCUCGCCCGUCUCAUGGCCCUAAUGCAGCUUCCCUUUCGAUAUCUGAACCAAGUAUAUCCCAGCACUGUGGUGGAUCGUCUGUUCCACGCGUUCACCGAGUGGGUCAAUAGAAAUUCUCCCAAUAGGACGACCGUGGUGCGUGUGGACUGGAAUGGAAACAUAGUGAGAUCCCUGCAUGGUUUUGAUAGAUCCACUGCUGGAGUAUCGCAUGUCCUGGAGUACAAAGGUCACUUGUAUAUGGGAUCACCAUUCAAUCAAUACGUAAUCCAAGUUGAAUUACCCAAGACCAAUGAGAAGGAGAAGAAAGUGGUUAGCUAGAAGUACGCAGAACCAAAAAACAAAUUGUACUCCAUCUUUAAAGUGUAACAAAUACGGGGUUUGAGCACUUUUGAGGUGCCUUAAAUUUAUUUUGUCAAUUAUUUGUUUUUAUACUUGAAAAUCAGCUUUUAAAAUUUGGAAAAAUCUUUAUGGAUCUUUGAGAUAUGCUCUUUUGAAUUAAUUUUUCGUUAUUUUUCAGAUAUAUAUUCAAUUAUUAAAGUUUUCAAAAACCGUAUUUCCAUCACUUUUAA